GCAGUGUCAGGUCUCUGGAGCACCUAAAGGUAACCAUGGGUACACUUUAUGUUUUGUCAAUUAGAAACCCAUCAAAAUGGAUAUUGGUUUUAAUGAAAUACAAAAAUUAACCGAGUUAUUUAAUCCAAAAAAGAAUGAUUCUGAUUCAGAAGAUGAAACACAAGAAUGCGAGGACAAUACAGAUAUCAUUGGGCCAAGUGGAGACAACGCUGAACCAAAACAGAAGAAAUUAAACCCAUAUAGCAAAAUUGAACGUGAUGAAAAGGCGAAAAACGAAAUAUUAGAUGAAGAAACUUUUUUGGACGAACAGGAGCAUAAGACAGAGAGAGAUUGGAAAAAGACACCAGUUUGGGAUAUUAGUUACAAACAACAAGUUACAGCUUCUGACGUGUUUCUGCAAAUGGGUUUUAAAAACCCAACAACAUCCAGUUGCGAAGAUAUGUUGGUAACGAUUAGUCUUCCAGGAGACAGCCAUUUUAAUAUGGAUCUAAAAAUUCACAAAGAGAAUCUGAUUUUGGUAUCUCCCCGUCAUUACCUUGACCUCAAAUUACCACAUCCAGUCGAUCCCCAACAGGGAAAUGCAAAAUGGGACAGCGCUGAAGAAAAGUUGAUAGUGACACUCAGGAUGGAUAGAGAAUUAGAUUUAGUUAAUUUUUAGAUAAUUUUUAUUUAUGACAUGGUUUAGCAAGAGAUCAAAAAGUUUUAUUUAGGUUUUUUUUAAUUGCCACUUUUUGGAAAAAUUUUAUCAGUAAUUUUAAAAGUUUUAC